CGGCUCUUUGAGCCGAGGAGAAGAGACGUCGAAAUCUGCUCGGACUUGGAGGGUUCUAUUUACCCAAAACCUAUUUUCCAAUGGGCCCCGUCGCCUAGCGUUACCUUCCCCUAGCCUCGCCGACUGAGUUGAAGAGGGUGCUACUACACACUGAGCGCGUCCGGCCACUAAAGGUUUCCAUCAAGCACAGUGUACAGUAUAAUGGCAGCUAUUCCAGCAGGCGGUUCCCUUGUGGCGACCACUGACUACUACCGAAGGCGCAUUGGCUCAACAUCCAGCAGCAGCUCAUGUGGCAGUUCAGAGUACAGUGGAGAGGUCAUCCCCCACCAUCCAGGACUUCCCAAGCAAGACUCUGGCCAUUGGUGGUCCAGUUUCUUCUUUGGGAAACAGCCAGGGAUGACCCCACUGACUGAGGAGGCACAGCAGAAGGCGGGGGUCCCAGGUGUGGUGACAAAUGGUCAGAUUACCUGCGUUGCCAGGGACAUGGUGAUGCAACGCCAGAGGAGUGAGAGCAGUGAUGCAGGAAGUCCCACCUCCUCCUGAUCCUGUGCUCUCACUCGGGGGGGGGAUCAAACCAACGACCAACGCUAGGUGACGGGACGAAGUCCCGUUUACUACUUUUUUUUUUUUUUUUUCCCCUUUAACCACGGUCCAUCGUAGUAUACUGCCUUACUUUUUUUUUAAAUUGAUGAACAAAACUAAGUAAAUGAAACUAAUAAGCUCUUUUUUUUUUUUAAACAUUUGUACUGUUGUGUUUGUAAUAAUUUUGCAUUCACAUCCACAUGCCUUUUGUUUUUUCACUUUGAAACUCCACAGUUGCAAAUGCAAUAAAAGUAGACUCUUGCAGCCUAA